AUGAGCGACGAACCCCCCAAGUCACCCCCGUCUCCGGACGACGGGGACCCCAAGUCCCAAAAGGACCUGGAGGCUCAGGACGACGAGCAAAUUUCGCGCACGCUUAGCCAGCUUCAACAAGGAGGAGAUUUGGGCUUUAGCUUGGAUGAGCCAUUCGACCAGUCCGGCAAAGCAGACGAUGCGGAGGAUUACGAGGAUAUUAGCGACGAUGACCUGCCCGAGGAAGAGGAAGGCGAAGCCAACCCCGCGACUUCCCUAUCCACCGUACCAGGUUUGACGGACGAUGGAGGCACGAGUAACGAUACAGACGACCUCUUCGGCGAUGGACCUUCAUCUCCAAUGGAAAUACCCGGCCCACCAUCACCAGCGCCUCACGUUCACGAUCUCGACAACGCCGAUGCGUCGCAGUACCGAGACAUCAACUUCGACCCCGAGCCUGGCUAUGAGGCCGCUAAUCAAGACCCGGAUAUUCCCGCGCCGGCAGAGACAGUUGAAGAUUUGGUCAAGCAGGCGUGGCCAACAUGGCAGAAGGGUGUCAUCCUGAAAUGGAACGAACUCCUCCCCCCGAAGAAGGCCCGAUGGAUCGAGAAAAAACCGACCAAGAAGCCUAAGACAUUGAUAUUCUCAAAAUUGACUUUGGAUCUUGCGGCCGACCAGGAGAAGCUUUUCCGUAUCCCAGGCACUGCCGCUGCGACAAGGAAGCAGAAGCGUAUCGACGAUGACACCAGGGGAUUAGUGACAUGCACGCAGCAGGAAUCGUCGGACGAAGCCGAGGCUGAAGAGUUCAACCUCGAACAGGACUCAGAUUACGAGGCGGUCGCCGGCUUUACUCUGCAGGACAUCGAGAUGGUUUGCGACGACUGGGCUGGCCGCAUUGAGCAGGCAGAGCACGACUUUCAGAAGCAACGAGACCAAGAAGCCGCCGCCCAUGCAGCAGAAGCAGCAUCCCUCAAGCGCGCCCACGACGAUGCGUUUGACUUUGACUGGGAGGAGUUCAUGGAUGACGAAGAAACCAAGCCGCCGCCAACCAAAAAGACACGCCCGCCCCCGCCCAAGGGUCUUCCGGAAAUUCCACGCUUCACUGCACCCUCAUUCGACUCAUUUGAGGAUGUAACAAAGCGCUCUUCUAAACGAGUUAUUCUGGACUUGAACGAUCCUUACCUCCUUCUCGAGGAAGCCGAAUCGCAACGUGGUCCCAAACGCCAGCGGGUUGAGCAGAAGCUCACACGCAUGGCCAACGGUCAUCUUCGACCCGACCUCUCUCAACGGUUCAAUAUGUCAAACGACGAUGCGUAUGAGGCUCUCAAGGAGAAUCAUCAGCACAAGGUCAGAGCAACUCUUGGCAAUCUUCAGGUGGAACACAGUAUGCCUGCACUCAAGCUGGCAUGGCCCUUCUACAAGGUCAAACUGGACAUCCGCAGAGAUGGUUACCAUCGUCCUUACUUCAAGUUUGGUAAGCACGAGCGUCAGGUGAUCAGGUUCAGCAAGCUCGGCUUCCACAAGCGCAAGCAAAUGAAAGGCAAGGCCCAUGAAGUUUUCCGCACCACCAAGGACCUGGGCAUCACAGACAACUCGACAGCCGUGCUGUUCGAGUACUGCGAACGCACACCUCCCGUCCUUUCCAAUUUCGGCAUGGGCAACAGAGUCAUCAACUACUACCGGAAAAAGAAGGUCGAUGAUGAGGAGGCCCCGCCCAAGAUGGAAAUUGGUGAAUCCCAUAUUCUCCUGCCCGAGGACAGGUCGCCCUUUGCAAUCUUCGGCGAGGUGGAAGUUGGCCAGACAAUGCCUACUUUGCACAACCAGAUGUACAGGGCACCCAUCUUCAAGCACAAGCCGCGCUCAACCGACUUCCUCUGCGUCCGGAGCUCAACAGGCGUGGAUGGAUCUAACUGGUACCUUCACAAGAUUGACCAUCUUUACGUCGUUGGCCAGACAUUCCCUAGCGUGGAAGUUCCGGGGCCCCACAGCAGAAAGGUCACCAACGCUUCGAAGAACAGAAUCAAGAUGAUCUCUUAUCGUAUGAUGAGGCGGAACGAGCACAGCCUUGUCAAUCUUUCCGAAGUCACAAAGCAUAUUGCAGACUCGACCGACGCCCAGAACCGACAAAAGCUGAAGGAAUUUCUGGUAUAUGCCAAAGUUGAGAAGGGUCUCUGGGGCCUGAGACCAGGAGAAACACUGAUGGACGAAAAUGGCAUCAGAGCCAUGAUUAGGCCCGAGGAUGUUUGCUUGAUUGAUGGCAUGCAAUUGGGCAUGCAGAUGCUGGAAGACGCCGGGUUUGACCCUAACAAUGUCAACUUGGAGGACGAUAACGACGAGCCUGCCGAGGAAGACGAUGACGAGCGCACCGGCAAAGGCGGCAAGAAGGCUGCCGAGAAGAACGAAGAGAAGCUCGCGGACAAGAUGGCACCUUGGAAGACCAGCAAGGCCUUUAUCGACGCGUGCGCUGGCAAAGCUAUGCUCAAGCUUCAUGGCCAAGGUGACCCAACAGGACAUGGUCUUGGUUUCAGCUUCAUCAGAACCUCGAUGAAGGGAGGUUACCUCGAGACUGUUCAGAAGGGUGGAUCCCACACAACGGCGGCUGAUGCCAUGGCCGCUCAUCCCGAUGCUAUGCGCAAAGCGAACAACGGCCAUGCCUACAACGUCAAAGAGCAAGAAGCCAUGUACAAGAAAGGCAUCCGCGAAAUCUGGGAAAAGCAGAAGGCCAACCUCGAAGAUGGCACCCAAAAAGACGACGACCUCGUGGUCCCACCGCCGGCGGAUGAAGACGACCGCUUUUACCCUCAAAGGGCCCAGACCCCUGCUCAUGUCGACGAAGGCAUGAGUCAAAUCACCGGAUUGACGACCUCAACAAGUCGGAACCAGCGAAAGCGACUCAAGAUUACCCGUGAAGUUCUCAAUGAGGCAGGUGCUAUUGAGCAGAAAACUGUCAUUAUUGAAGACCCUGUUAUAAUAGACCGAUACAUCAAGAGAAAGAAGGAACUGGAGUUGGAGGACUUCAAGUACGGUUUCCCAUCACGCUUCCCCCCUCUCGACCCUAUAUCAGGUCUAUUAUUCAAUCUUCAUGCGAUCCCUGCUUACAUUUACGUGCCUCUAGCAUCUACGAAGGAAGACCGACCGGAGUCGCUGACGACGAUCAUCGCCGACUGGUCGAGUAAGCAGUACCCUUCCGUAGAUGCUGAGCACUUGAUUGACGUCCUAGCAGAAUUAAUAAGGAGCUCGAACGGCUCAACCGAAACAAACAACGACGAAUCGGACGAGAGCAACAAAAAGGACUCCACCGAUCAAAGUCCGGCCUCGACGCUGGCUCACCCGAAGCAGACAGAGCGGCCACGGGCACAACCCGCAAGUGUGCCAAUUGUGGACAGGUCGGCCACAUCAAAACCAACAAAAAGUAUUGCCCUCGCUGUUCUUCAAAGUCAUCCCCGCCCAACAUCAGAUCUGCGGAGCCUCUUCAGGACUGGGGCAAGGCGGUUCAAGCUCAAGGCAAAGCUGCUUCGCAAGCGCCGGCCGCGCAGAGCCCCGCAAAAGCCAGUCCUUCCAAGGCAAAGCCGCGAGCGUCAAAGCCGCGAACCCAAGGCCAGAAGCCACAAGGCCAGAACUCCUGAGGUGUCCAAGGGACAGCCGAAGGCACCUAAGCCAAGGCGCAAGACGUACAAGUAUAACAAAUACAGCCAUAAUCCAUACUGGCAGAACGUCAAGCCCAGGGUCAUCUGA